AUGAACGGUCAACGCCCACGUCCCCAGCCCCCCGGCGACCCACGGCGCGGAGGCGACGGUCGCAAUGGUUCUGCCGAUGGGUCCUUGUCGAGAGCAGACAAGUUCGAGGAUGAGAAGAAAAGAAUCAUUCAAAGCUGUUACUCGAAGAAAGAUAGUGACGGAACCUUGGUCGAGUCCUAUAUCACACAUGUUCGAAUCACAGAAGAUGCAGCACACCCUUCAGCCCCUGCCCCGCCUACAUCGGCACCCGAGAACAAGAAACCCCGUGUUAUCAUUGUAUCAGUGCGAAGAUCAGGCAGAGUUCGAAUGCACAAGGCCCGCGAAAACAAUGACGGCACAUUUUCCAUCGGUAAAACAUGGAUGCUUGAUGAUUUGUCUUCAAUCCAGUCAUACGCUUCCUCGGUGCCCAAGACACCCGGAGAACAGCAGCAUAAGGAAUGGGCGUCAAAUGUGGGAUUUGUGGUGACCGUGGGGAAGCCGUACUAUUGGCAUACAGGGAGCUCCAAAGAAAAGGACUUCUUUAUUGGCAGCUUGGUGAAGAUCUACAAGAAGUACACAGGAGGCAAAGCGCCUACUCUAAUUGGAUUUGAUGAUAGAGAGCGGCAAAUGCUCCUAGCGGGAGGACUCUCAGGCCCUUCAGGCCCGUCGUCGGCACCACCGUCACGAGGCCCUGGCAUGGUUCCCCCAGCAGAUCCUACAACAGCUCCAUAUCAGGCAGCUUCAUUCGGAAGCCGUGAGCCCAGUCGUGAUGGGCCCCGGGAAGUAAGGCGGAAGGCAUCGGAGGAUCCAAUGUUGCGGGCACAAAGAAGCCGGGAGCAAUUAUCUCGGCCAACUACAGGGAAUUCUAAGCCGGCCCCCUCGCCCUUCAAUCUGGCCUCUAAUCCACCACCCGCCGGCCCACCACCCCCUCUGCCUCCGCAACGGAAAGACUCCGAGAACAGAGAGCCGCCUGUGAGAUUUCCCUUGAGUGAAUCAAGGCCAUCUUCAUCGCGCGGCGAUGGUCGAUCUCCGAAAACCCCCACAUCCGAGUUGGCAGCCCAAUCUGUCGACACACUAUCCUUGAAUCAGAAGCGAAGCGUGGAUGGGCUGCGACCUACUACUCCUGCCUCGUUUACUAGUGAAGCACGAGGCAUUUCGGCCAGCCCCGCUAGUGGUUUUAUUCCAUAUCGUGAAGCUGAUAAAACACCAAAUCUGGAGCCACUGCCACAGCCUGUUCAAGAAAAGGUCGUUUAUGAAGAACCUCAGCCAGUAGCACCAGCUGAUGAUUCCUUAAAACCCCCCGAGAAAGAUGGCCCACCAUCCUCUCCGAUUCUAGUGGACCCAGCAAUUGCAGCGGCUGUAGCUCAAUUUUCUGAACCAAUAACUGAAACGGUAUCAGAACCGACACAGGAAUCUCAUUCUUCUGAUUUGGUGCAAGGUGAUGGUGAUGAUGACGAGGCACACCGUCCAGGAUUGGGCCCAAUGGUGAAGAAGAAGAAAUCUUCGAAAGAGAUCGCAGGUGCUCUCCGCAAGGCCGCAAAUGCCUACGGUGCCUUUAAGCCACGCCCUGGAGGUGCUGGUGAGCGUCUGCUAGCAGCAGCGAAGAAGCAGCAAGCUGAACAAGCUGAGCCUGAUGGUAUUACUGGCGUUGUUCCGGCCCCAUCUCUUACUCGAUCUGCAAACGAGGCACCAAAGAGCCCAGUCGAUGGGCCUACAGAAAGGGAGCAGCAUAUACCGGCAGCUCUACCAAUGCCUCCUGCAGACAUCCCAUCAACUCCUGCCAGCGCACCUCCAACCGUGGAGAUUACCAAGCCUGAAGUCGAAGUGACUUCGCCACCGCCUGACUCGAUUCCUGUCCCUGAGAAGAGUUCAGAUUCUCUUGCUGAUAUUGUCAAGGUUGAUGACCGCUCAAGGUCACCAUCUCCAGCAGCCCGAGGGCGUCGCCGGAGACGUGAGGACCAUACUGUCAAGUACUGCCAGGCGCUUGGGAUUGACGUUACUGUACUUGAUGGGCGCGGUAUUGACUUUGAUGACAUUUUGACAGAUCUUGGGUGGAAUGGUCGUCUUAAUGACGAGCAAAAAAUCGAAGACUUGGAGGCUGAUGUCCGCCGUGAGAUAGGCCGCGUUGAAGCUACCAGCUGGCUUGGUAAUCUUGAACAGCAAGAAGGGAAAGUUGAGCAGUUGGCGGUCCUCAUUGAUAAGACAAUUGAAGAGUGUGAGGAGUUGGAUGGUCUUCUGACUUUAUACUCCCAUGAACUGAAUACACUACAUGAAGAUGUCUCAUACAUUGAGGCCCAGUCUCAAGGUUUGCAAGUGCAGACAGCCAACCAGAAGCUCCUGCAAAACGAACUCCAAAAUCUCUUGAAGACACUUUCUAUUUCUACAACAGAGCUUCGUCCACUCAAUGAGGCUUCACUAAGCAACCCCGAAGGCUUAAGUGAUACUGAGAGAGCUCUCUCUACCCUGUACAAAGCUAUGCUUAUGAUUGAUGCCGAAAUUGGACAAAAUAAAAAGCGCCUUGUUGACGCCAGCGUCGGUGUUUACGCCAACACAGAGAUUGGCCAAAUGCGGGCUAUCAAGGAAAAGAAGGAGGAAUACCGGAACUCUGCCUUGACAUUCCUACAACAGCGUCUCAAGCAAUUUAUGUCAUUGGCUUUUAAGAUGGCCGAACAAAAACGGGUGGAUGCCUCCGCAGCUGCUACGAGAGAUCCUAUGAAGCUCGAUGGGGCCGCUCGUCAGCAAUUCCGCGCAGAAGUGUGGCGAUACAACCCAUUAAUGCUGUUCACCAAGGAAGUGAGCAUGUCCGAGUGGCACGCUCUCGUGAACCUGUACGAGCGGCAGUCCAAGCCAUCUUAUCAAGGCGAGUUCCGUGAGAACAACGCAGCUUGGCAAAAGACGGCUCGAAAACCCACAGGAGAGGAGCAAGAACUUCUCUUCACUCAUCAAGAAAAGGAGAAAGAGGGCGAAGGCAUCACUAUGGCGGCUCGCAAGCUUACCGUGCGACGAGGCAAGACUGUUCGGGCGGCAGCUGGCAUUCGACUGGCGUCUGCCGAAAAGCAACCUCGGGGCAAGAUUGAGCCCUGCGAAGCAUUUGCUGGGACACUGCGCGAAACACUUAAUAUGAUAACCGACGAACAAAACUUCGUCGUAGAGUUCUUCCACCUGAACUCACUAGCCAACGUCGAUUUCUCAGACUUGGUUAGUGCGGCUUUGCCGGAAGCUCGUCAAUGCCCCAAUUUCUCGGCCAAACAGUCUCAUGAUCCUGAUCGAGACAUGGCCAAGCGAGUUGAGCACAUCAUGGAUGAAGUAUACUCCUUCUGGCCCAAUGACAUGCAAAGUUUGGUGGACUGGGCCAUCCAAGCGAACCCUCUGCAAGGCAUUGGUAUCAUUUUUGCUCUGGAAUCUGCCAUGAGCGAUCUUGAUGAUACAAAUCAAGACUUCAUUAUUCAUUCCUUGCAAAAGGUGCAUUCCCGUCUCAUGGGUCUGUUUAACCGAUUCGUGGAUGAACAGAUCCGAGGCAUCGAGGACACCAAGGUGAAGGUCAACAAACGCAAGGGAGUGAUCUCGUUUAUGCGGGUCUUUCCUAACUUCUCCAAUGCAGUUGAGAACAUGCUUUCACAAUCAGGCGAGGAAAUCUGUGACAUUCGACUGAGCGUCAACGAUGCCUACGAUCGUAUUAACCGUGCAAUGUGGGAGUCGCUCAAGUUCAUCGCCAAGGAAGCACCUGGUCAACCCCCUGGUGUGGCUGCCAAUGCGGCCGGAGACCCCGAAGACAAGGAAGUGCUCAACUACCACAUUCUCCUCAUUGAAAACAUGAACCACUACAUCGAGGAAGUCCAUGUACACUCGCUGUCAGUGCUUGAACGUUGGAUGGAUCGGGCUCACCAGGAUUUUGCCGAGCACAUGAAAUUGUACUUGGAUGCUGUUAUCCAUCGACCUCUCGGAAAACUGUUGGACUUUAUUCAGUCCCUUGAGACUCUCCAGGCGUCAACCAAUAGCUCCGACAUUGCGACUCGAACUAGUCACUCACGGAUGGUGGCGAAGAAGGUGUUGUCUUCGUAUGAUGCAAAGGAAGUGAAGCGCGGGGUGGAAUUGCUUAAGAAGCGUGUUGAGAAGCAUUUCGGUGACGCAGAUGACCCCGGUCUUAGUCGCAGCCUGGUGCUGAAGGUGCUCCGGGAAUGUGAGCAACGAUAUGAAGAUGCAUACGACCGUACCCGACACUUGAUUGAUACAGUAUAUGAAGGACAACUGGAUCUGGAAUGGCGGAAGGAGGAUGUAGCGGCUAUGUUCCGGAAGUGA